UCAGCAAAGCGGAGCAGGUACUAAUCAAAUUUAAAAUAAUAUAAAAGUGUUAAAUGACAUAAUUUUAUCAUUCGUAGCGGCUGAGGACGUUUUCCAGCCAAGAUGGUUUGCCUUCGACGCGAUGAGGUUCCUCGAUGAUACCAUGAAGGACGGCACGCAUCUCGAUACGUUCGAUGACGACCUAGAACAACAUACCUCCACCCAAGCCCACCCAAUCCCUUCUUGUUCCUAUUCCUCAAUUCCGCCGCAACCAACAACUCCAGCACCAAAUCCAGCACCAACCACAGCACCAACCACAGCGCCAACGCCAGCACAAACCCCAGCACCGACCCCAGCACCUACCCCAGCACCAAGCCCAGCACCCACCCCAGCGAUGAAAAAUUAUUUCUCCAUGUUUGGCCAGUGGGUGGGGGCAUGGUUAAACCAUUUACCACCCGAGGAACAGAAUGAUGCCACAAAUCGUUUGCGGCAGACGAUGCUGGAGUGGGAUCUCCAAUAUAAUAAAAAAAUAAUAAAAAUAUUUACAAAAACAUACCUUUACAUAGCUCCUCAAAUGUUUAUUUAA